AUGGCUCCCCUUAGUGGGACAGUUUCAGACGCUCAGGCUCUGAUCCAUGACCGUUGUGGGUACAACAAGUGCAGCAGAGAGAAAUUGAUCUACUACACAGUUGGGUCUUCGCUGCCUGCUGCCUUGCUUGGGAACAAAUCUGCAAAAGCGGAUGAAGCGGAUAGGAUGCGAAACGUACAGAUUCGUUGGAUGGAGUGGAUGGCACUUGUGGAUUGGACGAGAUGUGAAUCAAAGUUGAAGGAAGUUCAUUUAAAGGUUAGAUGGAUAGGUGCAGGAAAAGUGGGAGAAAGUUACAUGAAUAACAAGAAAAUGCGUGUUAUACUACUGCUUGUGAGGUGCCAGCUGUGCAACCACAUUGAGGAGGUCUCAGACGACGUCAACUUCAGCACCAGGGAGGUGUUGGUGGCGCUUCUUCUCCUAUCUGUUACCCAUGUGCAGCAACAACACAACAUCGAUUCGGUAUUGGCACCUUGUGCGGCCAGGACGUACAGUGCUUUCCAGCAGCCUGCUGCUCGUGCCCAUGCUAAUAUCUUCGGCGAUGUCCACCUGCAAUGGCUCUGUUCUCACCCUGGUCAUCCUCACUCCGCCGAUGCAAUCACUGCACAGCAACCAAGCAUGCAGGGCAUUCAGCAGCCCGCUUCUCAGCAGGCUCGGCCCCCAGUCGUGCGCGCUGCAGCGACUAAUUCGGCUCCCCAGCCAGCUCAGCCGCCUCCACCACAGCCGACAUUAGCGCAGCCUGCAGCUGCUCAGCGCCAAGUCGCUACCACACCUGCAGAUGAAAUUGCUGCCUUAAGGGCAUGA